GGCUCACCAUCCUCCUUUCCACGCAUCUUCGAUCUAAUUCACCUGUAUCUUUCGUGCGCUCUGAAUCGCUGCGACGCACUCCCCCAACCAGCCGUUGCUUCAACCUCCGUCGUGAACUGAAAGGCAGAGAGAGGAUUCGUUGGAUUGCGGUUCAGCUGCUUAGCAAAAGAAAAGAAAAUCAUAUUUCAUGGCCACACUCGAUACGCACCCACCACAUAUACACAAGCACAAGAGAAGCGUCAGGGCGCGCACACACCAGCAACGACUGCGUGGUCGACAAAGCGCCGCGUAUUGGUUUAUUCUCUGCCGCGAGCUGAGUAGCGGAGAGGCGUAGCGCCUGCGCAGGAAGAAGAGACCGAAAGUGUUGGAGCGAUAGCAGCAUCCGGAAGAUUCAAAAGGAACGUGGCGCUGCAUGCGGAGCUUGUGCCGCUUCGUUGUACUCAAGAAAAGGGAGACGCCCACGGUACGCGCAAGCAACACCGAUAGGUGGGAAAGGGAAAGGAGGUGCUGGAGACACUUUUGAGGAGCCGGGGCCUCUUUCACAUUUUUGAAACUAUUGGCUUUCGAUCCUACCUGUGGUAUUUACAUUUCUGCCUGUGUAUAUGAAGUAGAAUAGUAACGGCAUUCCUCCGCCACACACACCCAUACACAACUCAUACAGACCGACACAUAGCCCACUUGGCGUGGGAAGGAGGGUUCGAGUCGGAGCAGCUCAAAAAGAAGAAGCUCGAUACCCCUUUUUCUGUUCUCACGGUAAUUGAACUCGCACGUUUUCCCGAUUUCGUCGCGCUGUCGUCGCUAGGCUAGAUGGUCUGUUGUGGGCCGGAGCGUAGCUGGAGCGACAUCGUGGUGGUCACCGCCCUCCUCGUCACUACGGCCUACUCCGCCCACAGCUUUUACACCUAUUUGUUUCCCGACACCUUGUCGGCGCUCGCGGCGGCGCUGUUGCAUCCUUUUGCCUAUCUGAGUCCCGAUGAGCUUGCGAACGGUGGCGGCAAGCGCAGUCGUUGGUCGCGCCUCUCGCCCGUCAGCGUGUCGACGCUGUCGGAGGUGCACAUGUGGGGGUGGGUGCUCUUCUCAACCUCCUGGCUUUUGCUGGCGAUGGCGACCUGGGCUUACGUGGUGGCGCUUCUGACGCCGCCUGGACGGGUGCCUGCGGUGUUCCGCCAGCGGGCCACGAAGAGCGCGACGCUGGCGCUAAGCACCUUCUACGAGCCCCUGGCUUACUCGGACUCUCCCGCGGACCUCUACCCGCCUUCCACAACAGCGUUCAACGCCCAGCAGCACGGCCGGUUGCGCACCUUUGGCGCGAAGAAGGCAGCCGCAGAGGAGGAUCAAGCGAGUGCGACUGCUGUUGCGGUUGCUGACACGCCGCCAGCCGCUGAGUCAACCGACGCCGUGGUGGCUGUUGCACCGUUGUCGUCGCCGCCGCGCCCCAACGAGCAGUUUUUCUUUAACCCGCAGGCGAACAGCUACACGAGCGUGCAGAACAGCUAUCUUCAUUUCUGUCCCAUGUGCGCCACCUACAAACCACCCCGCGCCCAUCACUGCAGUCGGUGCAACUUCUGUGUUCUCAAGUACGACCACCACUGCCCGUGGCUGGGCCAGUGCGUGGGCUUCUUCAACUACAAAAGCUAUCUGUUGGUGUUGCUGUACACGUGGUUGCUGACGACGUGGGUGCUAACGCUGCUCUUUGUGGCGCUCUUUGUCUGCUGGUACGACUGGAGAAACACACGGCAGCUGCCAGACGGUGCGGCGACGUAUGCCUCCUCCACCCAAACGCGCACAGGGCUCGGCGUGGGGGCGACGAUCGCGGAGGAGCUCAACGUGGGCCUUCCCUCUUCCGGCGUCGUUGUGUGCAUCGCACAGUGUAUGCUGUUCUUUGCCAUGACCACUUAUUUGUUGGUGCGGCAUUUCACGUAUGCACGGCACAACAUCACGACUAUUGAUAUGGUGAUCUUCGAAAACGAGCGUCGCCUUGCGCAGUACGGCUCCUCCGACGACUCGAACGAGGAGGGCGCGGGCGGCGCUGCUUCUUCUUCGCCCUACCACGCACGCUCGAUGAAGGCGUUCAUGAAGAAGAACAUCUACGACCUCGGGGUAGGGCGUAAUCUUUUGCAAGUCUUCGGCGAUGCGAAGCGCAGCAGCCCCGGCGAGUACGCGACGGGCAAUCCACUGCCGCGUCAUCUCUAUACCGAGUUGAUGGAGGGCGAUGCGCCGGCGCACCGCCGAUUUGUCGUGCGGUGGUUCUUUCGCCUGCUGCCCUUCCGCGCCUACCCCUCGCAGCGAGAGUGGGCGCCCGUGAGCAUGAUGAAGCGGUCCGCGAGCAGCUCCAUUCACAUGGCCGCCAACCGUCAACCCAACUACGGCACCACGCGGGGGAAGGGAGAGGGGGCAGGCAACGGACCGGGGAAGACGGGAGACAGCUUGUUGCUGGCAGAGCUGGGGGUGGAGGAGGAGCAACUGUUGGGACUGCGCUUCCCUACCAAGAUGUCCAUGGGCAUUGAAACUAUGCCGGUUUAA